GCCGGUUGAACGGAAUUUCCAAAGACUAAAAACAAACAAAUGAAAUUUUUAAAUUCUAAGUAAAAGAAAUAAUAUUAUAAGAAAAUGGUUCUCUGUACCUUUUUUCUCAACGGCCAUUGCCGCUUUGGGAGUAAAUGUGUCAAUGAUCAUAUUGAUUUAAAGACACUUUUGAAAACUGAAGUUGAAGCAGCUAUCAAUGGCAAACAAUGGCUAUUAUCUUGUUUUGGACCUUUCAAAGAAAGUGCUGUGCUCCCUAAUUUUAUUCCUGAUAGGUCAUUUGAGGAAGUUCGUUUGAGUUUCUUAGAAGCAUCAAAGAAUGGAACUGCACAGCAGCACGUUAAUGAGUUGAUUGCUCAGUAUAAUGAUAGUGUAACGAAGUUAAAUCAAUUAAAAAUGGCAACUCCAGACACAAUUCAAUUAGUGGCAAAUAUUUACAAUCAGUCUGUGAAACCAGAUCAAAAGAAAACCACGUCAUCAACAGCAAAUGUUUUUGCUGUCUCCAACACUACAUCAUCACCUCAGCAACAGAUAAAUCCAUUUCAAACAAGCAACAUCUUUGGAGGUUCUCAACAGCAAGCAACGGCAAUGAAUGCUGGAAGUAUUUUUGGGAGUUCAACUUCCAACAACCCAUUUCAAAGUUCUGCUCAAAGCAACAUGUUUGGAAGUGCCAAAACGCAAACAUCACCAGCAGCUUCAAAUUUCUCUUUUGCUUUAAAUCAACCAGCAGCAAUCCAACCAACACCACAACAAUCAAUUUUUGGUUCUGUUGCUCAACCAAAUCAACAAACAAGUUCAAUCUUUGCAGCACCACCAACUGGACUGUUCAGUUCAGUUCUUUCUCAACCGAUUCAACAGCAAACUAAUCCAUUUUCUCAACCGACAACAGGAAAUAUUUUCGGACAAUUUAAUCAAUCACAACAGCAGCCGCAAGCAGUACAGCAAAAUGUUAACCUAUUUGCCACACCACCAAGUGCAAAUCAAACACCAAAUGUUUUUGGCAUGCAACAACAACCACAACAACAACAACAACAGCCAUCAGCACCGACAGGAAACAUCUUCCAAAUCCAACAGCCAAACCAACAACAACAGCAAACUUUUGGCGGAAAUCCUUUUCAAACUCAACCACUAAAAAUCGAUGACAAUAUUUAUUCAAAACCUGAAAACUUGACACCAGAUGAAUUAAAAGCUUUCGAAGCUGAUUCAUUCCAAUUGGGAAGAAUUCCUUUAAUACCCCCACCGAAGCAUCUUUGUACAUAA